AUGGAUCAGAAUUCUCCGAGCGAUAGUGGUGCAGGCAACCCAGUCUGGGUAGAAGUUGUUGAUGAACAUGCCGACCAUGGGAUCACCGUGGAGCCACACGGUGUUGAACGGGGAGAUACGCGCACUGCCCUCUCUCAGAGACAGAAUCUUUAUUUUGUUGCUUACUCUAGUCGAAUAUACGUGUUUCAGCCAAGUUGCGGACAAAUUAUUGGAUCACGACCGGUCCUUAUCUUGAACCCAAAAAUGGCAAGGCCUGAUGCUCCGGGCUACAUUGCACCUAACAACCCUCAUGCUAUCAACCAGAUAACUGUUGGGGACCUUGGCUCUGAUGAAAUUUUACUCCUGGCUACCGACUCUGGAAAUAUAGCCGCUUAUAGAACUGAACGCAUCUUCCAGUGUAUUGAAAACCGCAGGGCUGGAGAUAUUGACCCAGUCCAGGUAGGCAAUGGAGUAGAAUGCUUUUUCAGUGAGUGGGUUACACAAAGUGCCUGGGCUUUGGCAAUUCAUAAAUUUGCGAGGAUGAUAGCUGUGAGCUCAAAUACCACAACCAUAAGCAUUUUUGCUUUUGCCCUGGUGGAUAACACAGACAUUUCCCAUUCAACCCGGGAGGGCUCGUCUUCCUCCAGCGCAACGCACCCAAAGGUUCAUAAUAAUGACUGGGUUCAUAUUACCCAACCUUCAGAAUUCUUAAAGCUACGAAGCUGGUCACGACAACGCCGACGUUCUCAGAACAUACGGCUCUCAUUGUCAGGGCAUUCUACAAAUAUACCCAAUGUCUCGUUCCUGAAUUGUGACCUAGACCCACACGGAGACUGGCUAGUUAGCACGGAUAUCAACAACAAACUUCUCGUAUGGAAGAUUUGGGAACGCUUUCGCCCUGUUAAUUAUUGGGACUUUUACGCAGGUGAUGAUGACCAACAGUAUGAUGACCUAUUUGACGACCGACAGCGAGGCUGGAAUGUUCUGGCCGUAGAUCCAAGAUCUUUUCGCAUGAAAGAGGACCUUUUUGAAGCUUGCGGUGGCCCUCCACAUAAGUACCCAGACAAGGAUGCCCCUUACGACCUGAGCUUUUUAGCCAGCAAAGUCCAUGACGCUACUCAGUACUAUAAUGUCCUCUCCUCACCAACUCCCGUCAAUCCUCGUCGGAAUCAAGGACCCCCACCCGAUGAACUCUUCCCGCUUACUCACUCUGAUGGUUCAGACGAAGAUGAUGAAGAUCGCAUUGAGCGUUACGAUCCCGUUCCUCAUAUAAAGACGCCUCCGGCUAAAACGGAAAGGCCCAGUGAUCGCCCUACUUCUACAACCGGACCACAAGGAAGUCCGCAAAAUAUCCCCCCCGUAGCUGUCCAUAACUAUUCCAAUAUCCUUAUUCACGCUAUAUCCAAUGGCCCUGUUCUGAAUGAGUCUGAUGAAGAGAGUGACGAGGCCUUUGAUGAGGACGAGGAAGACGAGGAGGAUGAGGAAGAGGAGGAAGAGGAGGAAGAGGAGGAAGAGGAGGAAGAGGAGGAAGAGGAGGAAGAGGAGGAAGAGGAGGAAGAGGAGGAAGAUGAGGGAGAGGAGGGAGAGGAGGAUGACGAGGAAGUUGCCCCGGCUCUUGGUACCAGCAACAGCCAUGUCACUGUGAGCGAUGCGGAUAUUGAUAUGGACCAUGAUGCAGAUGGAGACAAUAGUGCUGAUAACUCACCCGAUGGGGAUUUGUCUGAACUGAGUAACCUAGAUGAAUUGGAUGAGCACUCCGACUCCCGCAUGAAUGAAGCUGCGAACCCCGAAUCUAAUACGGCAGCCAAGACAAACGGUAGGGGAGGAUCUCUCAGAGCUGACCGUCCAACUUCCAAUGUCUUCUAUGACUUCCAAAUUCUCCAUUUCUCUGAGUCUCAUAUUCGAAUGCUUCCUGGUCCCUUUUCUAAUGGGCCUUCCGUCAUUUUCCGAGCUGCUCUGUCACAAGUUGUAACCAAUCCUGUACAGUUCAUCGAAGCUACGGAUCGGUUCAACAUGGCUCUUCAAAUACCUGAGCUGGGUGUUGUUAUUGCGGCCUCUCAGAAAGGCAGAGUUGCAGUGCUUGGUCUUACCGAGGUCCCCAAUAAAGGAAAGGUAUUCAGAAUGGACCGUAUACUACCACUUGCAAGUCAAGAACGCAACCGCCUUCGUCCACUUUGCCCACUACUUGGAAUUGCUGCUAGCCCGGUUGUACCACAUUUAAUACCCCCAGAAUCUCCUUCAGAUGACUAUGGAGAUACAUAUUCCGGAUUGAAUGAUGCCGAUGGCCAGGAAGUCCACAGUACUCUGCCGUAUUCCGCUGGGAGUGAAUACCUUAAACCAGGCUUGUCUGGGAAAUUCCCAUCUCAAUUACCGCUUGGUGGAGCGAAGAAAGAAAAGUGGCAUGGCAUUGAAUACUCCCGUCGCUAUCGUCUCUUCUUAACAUAUUGUGAUCACACAAUCCUGCAUUAUGAGCUCUACUAUGACUGGCCGAAAGAGCUUAGGGGACCAGAAGCGCAGAUGGCAUACGAUAAGAAUGAGCCAUUUAUUCUCAGGCCCUAG